CAAAAAAUUUCUGGCAACUCUAACUUUGACGUACAUAUGUAUGACGGAAAAGUCAAUCGAUAAUUUUUUCACUCGGUCGAUAUUUUCGUUUUUCUUCGAUACACAUAGACCAUAAAUUUGUUAAAGAUAUUAGAAGAAAAAGGCUUAUGAUACGUAAAUUUCUUUCAUAAAUAUUUAAUGUUGAACAAGCUUUGUAUAUAAAAAAGCAUCGCGAAGAAAUUCCAAAAUUAUAAUUAACUAAAGGGGUACUGCACAGUACUUGCCAUUUUAUAAGUUUUGGCGAUGUGAAUUAUAUGACAUUGAAGAAGUGUAAUAUUUAUUGUUACUUCAAUUGUUCCUGUUGAGAAUUCUUCUAAUUUGCUGUCAGAAUAUUGAAGUGUUUGGAAAUUGCCAUACUGUUGUAUUGUCGACGACUCACAAAAAGGAUUAAACGCUGCUGUGACGUGGAUUUGUAGACGCAUUAGCGAAAGUAUUCAAUGUUUAAAUACAAUUCUGAUUAGACAAUUGUUAUAUUGGAUGGUUCAUAGUUACGCCACAGAUUACGGAUCGUACGUCCAUCUAGAACACUUGGAGAAGAAGAACAUAUCAUUGAUGCAUAUUUGAUUGUUAAUCUAUGGCAUCAUUAUGGUUAGCACCAAUCUCGUGGUGCCCGUAGUAUUAUGGGGUCCAACUGCCCCCACUCAUUGUGUUUCGAGUGUAUUUCUUUCAGACGACCAAACUACAUUAGCUACUGGUUGUUACGAUGGCCAAAUCUGCCUGUGGCAUGUUGAGCCCAUCACAUUAAAAAUGUCGCCUCGGUGUCUUUUGGUUGGUCAUUCCGCCCCAAUUACAUGUUUAGUGCGCGCCUCGAUAAUUGCAGACAACAAUUUUCUUGUAAGCUCAUCCGAAAACGGUGAAAUGUGCACUUGGGAUCUUGUGGACGGAAAAUGCACCGAAUCAGUAAAACUACCUCAAGUUCAUACGCAAAUCCAGAGUUACCAUACAGCUAAUAGUGAAGAUGCCCGUCUCUUUUGCAUUGGCUACUACCCAGAGAUUAUGGUCAUGGAUCCAUUUAGUCUGGAAGUUAUAUAUGUUCUGAGUUCUAAGGUAAAACCCGAUUGGAUAUCUGCACUACACGUUUUAAGGCCAAUGCGGCGCAAAGAUGACGUGGUAUUGGCCAUAACAACCACUGGUACGGUAAAAGUGUGGACGUUAAUUGGUAAUGAAAACAAGCAUGCCGAACCUAUUUAUGAAAAUGAGUCUAAAGAGAUACGUUGCUUGAAUGCUAUCACGAUGAAUUGUUGCUCACAAAAUCAGCGAACAGUUCUUGUUGUUUGCACGAAAUAUUGGCAGAUCUAUGACGCUGGUGAUUUUACUGUUUUGUGUUCUGUUAUCGCGCCUGCUAGAGAACGGUGGCAAGGGGGAGAUUUCAUUACUUCAGAUCGUGUCAUGUUGUGGACAGAUGAGGGCAAGGGAUACCUGUAUAAGCUGCCUGCCAAUUGUAUACCCGAUAACAAAGAGUUUCACUCCAAAAGUGUUGUCCGGGAUGCACCUUAUCUGUAUUACUUACUUCAGCAGCCUGGUGAUAAAAUACUUUCCUGCCCUCCUGCCAUGAAACUCUUGAAAUAUCAAAAAGAAGACAAAAUUACUGUUUCGCUUUUGUUGCGAGGAGAUUCUGAGGGAUAUAUAUCGGUGUGGAAUGUACCAGAUGUUCCUAUUGACAACAUAAGCAUAUUACAGGCUAAACAAAUGCCAUCACGCGUCUUGAAACCCACCAUUUAUACAUCGCUUGUUGAAGCAUGGUCAAUGAUGGAUCCCCCACCCGUCGGAAUCCUCGAUCAAUUGUCUCGUAUAACUGACUUCCCGGUCAAAUUGACUUCGAGUAUUUAUUUGCCUCAACAAAGUCGUUUAGUGAUAGGACGCGAAAAUGGAUCUAUUGUUAUUGUCCCAGCCACUCAGACUGUCAUGAUGCAACUUUUAAUCGGCAUCAAACAAAAUUUGAGCGAAUGGCCCUCACAUCAAAUACUCUACGGUCAUAGGGGUCGUGUCAAUUGCUUGCUAUGCCCGUCAAUGGUUCAUCAGCGCUAUGAAAAAUCUCAUCUUUUAUCAGGAGGUGUUGAUUUUGCAGUGUGCCUUUGGGAUUUAUAUAGUGGUUGCCUAUUGCAUCGUUUUUGUGUUCAUGCUGGUGAAAUAACUCAGCUUCUGGUUCCUCCUGAAACAUGUAGCCCACGAAUUUUAAAAUGCAUUUGUUCUGUUGCCUCAGAUCACUCAGUAACUUUGCUUAGUUUGCAGGAGCGAAAGUGUGUAACUUUAGCUAGUAGACAUCUAUUCCCAGUUGUAACUAUUAAAUGGCGCCCUUUGGAUGAUUUUCUGAUAGUCGGUUGUUCUGAUGGCUCAGUGUACGUAUGGCAAAUGGAGACUGGACAUUUAGAUCGAGUUUUACAUGGCAUGAUAGCAGAAGAAGUAUUAAUGGCUUGUGAUGAGCAAGUUUCAGAUGAUUCCACUGUAACUAAUUCCUCGAACUCUGAACUCGGUCUGGCAAAUCCUGCUGUACAUUUCUUUCGCGGUCUUAAAUCACGCAACAUGAAUGCUAUACGCCACGCCACGCAACGGGGAAUACAUCAACUGCAGCAGUUGCAAGGACACCAUCAGGGUAAUUUCGACUUUUUAAUGAAGCAUCGCAGCAACCCAUUGGUAAUCCAAGGUCUCCGUACAAACCCCAAAGAUGCCGAAAGUCACAUUUUGUUUUUUGAUAUUGAGGGACUAAUAUUUGAGUUACAUAGCGAAGAGUACGCUAAAAUGAACGUAGCCGAUUUAGAAGCAUUAGGUAUUAUUUUAAAUAGUCAAAAAGAAAAGGUUUUGCACCUGGAAGCUUCUAAAAAGAUCAGCGAUUUUUUUGGAAAAGUAAAAAAUAAGGCAGGAGAUAUGGAGAAAAUCCUGAAAGACAAAGACAAGCAUGGUUUAGUGCAAAAGUUUAAAGAGAAAACUGAGAUAAUGGAGAAGAAAGUCCAGGCGAAAGUACAAGAGAGUCUGCAAAAAGUUGUAGAUACACAAGAAUCGGAAAGCAGUAAAAUUGACCUGAAAAGCAAAAUUGCGUCCAAAAUGGAAGUUACUCAUGUCAUGGAAGUUGCUCAGUUAUUACUAUCACUGUUGCAUUCAUGGGGCCUGGAUCCUCAUCUCGACAAGGUAUGCGAGUCUCAAUUGGGCUUGCUAAGACCAAUGGUACCGAUAUCCUUUGGCAUUCUUUCAAAAGCGGGUUAUAUGUCUUUGCUUCUUCCUACAUGGCAAAACAACUUCAAUAUACCAGAAGAUCUUAUAAUACCGUGUACUUCUAAGAGACGUGAUAUGCCCGAUGAAUUGAAACGACUGGAACAAUUGACCGCUGUUUUCACAUCUCGCCUACACUGGGAACUCAGCACUACGCUUACAUCCAAUCAUAUACUUGCAAUGGUCGCAAUGUCAAAUACGUUGUUGUCCAUGAGUUCGGCCUCAUUUUUACCAGAGAGUGAACGCAGUAAAAAACUGAUGCGGUUGAGUCAACGCGCUGAUUCAACCAUGACAAUCGAAGAGGAACAUGAAGAGAUAUUGGCCCAUCACAUGUCACAAAUUAAGCAAGGUUGGAGUCUGCUGUCGACACAUCAUUGCUUCUUGUUGCCGGACAAAAUUGAAGCUCUUGAACCAAAAAGGUUUAAGCGACCUCAAGUAGAAAUGAUGGCCAAACGCUGGCAACACCAUUGCAUUGAAAUUCGUGAUGCCGCACAACAGAUUUUACUAGGAGAGUUAAGGCGUAUGGGAAAAAGAGGACGUAAGCAAUUGGUAGAGAGCUGGGCCCAAUAUUUGCCCUUAUAUACACAUACUGAACCAAUUGUGCAACAAACACACCAUCAGCAACAGAACAGUUCCAAUGGGCACUACAAUACAGCUAGCAAUGUCGUAGUAGGCAGUGGAAACGGAACCCUACCAAGCGGUGACAAUAUCGAGGAAGAUUAUGAAGAAGAAGAAGAGGAAAUUAUACGUAAACCCUCUAGUUUAUCGGAACUAAAGCGCAAACAAACCACGUCCGUUAUAUUAUUGGGAGUUAUUGGAGCUGAAUUUGGCCAAGACAUAGAUCAAGAUUCGCAAAGUCGUGGUGGCAUCGCCAUCGGAGAACGUCGAAAAUCAUCAGUGGUUGAAGGCUUUGGUAUUGCAAAUAAUCUAGCACGUUUAACUUCAAUGGCCUUAGCUCAUUUGUUGUAUGCACCGCCGUCCUCUAAAUUACCUCGAUAUACCCCACUCAGACGAGCGGCUGUUGAUCUCCUUGGACGAGGUUUUAUAGUUUGGGAACCUUAUUUGGACGUUAGCAAAGUUCUCCUAGGUUUAUUAGAAAUCGCAUGUGAAGGUAAAAAUGUACCUAAUCUCAAUUACAAACUUCCGCUCACACCUCAAGCGGAUGCCUGUCGUACAGCUCGCCAUGCUUUACGUUUAAUAGCGACAGCGAGGCCGGCAGCUUUCAUAACCACUAUGGCCCGUGAGGUGGCACGAUAUAAUAGUAUGCAACAAAAUCCACAAUCGAUUAAUGUGCCCCUUACGCAAUCUGUGUUGUAUAAGGCAAAAGGUGAAAUUCUCCAAUGCAUUGAGAUGUUAAUUGAUAAAAUGCAGGCCGAAAUAGCCGGACUAUUGGUAGAGGUAAUGGACAUUACCUUGCACUGUGUGGACAAUGCAGAUUUGAAAAGUAAGGGGCUGGUGGAAGUAUGUCCAUCUAUUUGUCGUUUUAAUCAAAUAUCGCAUUGUCCACACUCUCGCCGUAUAGCGGUAGGUGCGAACAAUGGCCAUUUGGCCUUGUACGAAUUGCGUCAAAACAAGUGUCAUAUGAUACCGGCCCACACACAUCCAGUUACUUCUCUGGCAUUUUCACCAGAUGGUAAAUACUUGGUUUCGUAUUCGUGCAGCGAGAAUCGUUUGUCCUUCUGGCAAACAAGUACGGGAAUGUUUGGCCUUGGGCAAUCUCAAACUCGGUGCACAAAGGGUUACUCGACAGCACCCAUACCAGACGUAUCACGUCUCAAUCCAAUGCGAUUGGCGAAACUUGUUUGGAUCAACAAUCGGCAAGUAACGCUGAUGUUGGCGGAUGGAUCUGAAACGCGUUUCAAUAUUUAAAUGCGAUUUUCCAAAGUAUCUUUAUGUAUGCAAGCGGAUAUAUUAAAAUUGCCAAUGAUUCAAUUGCGAAAUGUCAACAACACAUAUAUUUGUAUAUGUACGUACUUUAGGGAAUAUAUUUCUGUUAGACUUCGUGUUCAGAGUUUCAGUCCAUGUAUUUGUUACAUGUAUUUUUGUCUAUUGAAGAUGAACGACAUAAAUGUAUUUGUAGAUAAAUUGUUGUUAAACAUAACUAAAACUAUAUAAAUAAUUGUUAAUGCAAUGUUAAAAAUGUUUAAAAAAAAGGGCAUGUUUAUUUUUAUUUUAUACAUAAUUAUAAAACAAACAAACAAACGCACUCACACGCGCAACUUCCGCGAGUAGGAUUGAAGAAGAGAAUAGAGGAGUGAGAAAGCUGUGAAUAGGAUUGCGUGCGAUAACAUAGUACAUACACAAUUGUGAUUGAUUUAUUUAUUUAUUUAUUAUUUUUAUUUUAUUUUUGUUUUUUCUCUUUUCUUUUUGUUGAAAACGAAAAUUUAAUCUCUUUGUAUGUGUGUAAAAAUUUCAACAGAGAACAGCUAUAUAUUUAUUGGCACAAAUACGCAGACACAAGAGCACGUCAAAGUAAAAUAGAAAGAAA